AUGAAGAGGGGGACCUGGGCUGGUCUGACAGGUCUGCAGAAUCCUGGACUGGAGCUGGAGAUGACUGAAAGCAUCGACACGAUCCAGGUCUCUGGUUGUCCUCAGGGGUCCAGGUCCCCGGUGACGGCGGCAGUGAAAGCUGAAGCUCGGUGGCCGUCGUACUCCUGCGGCCACCGGAAGCAAAGAAAAAGAAAAGUGACAGGAGUUCAGCCGGAGACCAAACACCUGGCGGCAACCAACCAGGACACUGACCAGGUAACACAGACCAGGUGUCAUAUUAAAACAGGUGUCAUAUACAGUAAAUUCACCUGUAUGUUUGUUCUUUGUGUGUGUGUUCAGGUGGACCUCGGGUUGCUGGAUGACGUGAUCUCUGAGGGAGCCGAUCCAAACAGCUCAGACAGAUACGGACAGACCGUCCUGCACGAGAUCUCCAGGGCGUGGAGUGUAGAUGUGAUGCGGUUCUUCCUGGACCGGGGUUCAGACCUCCACCGCCCGGAUCAGUUUGGAGUCACAGCGCUGCACGUGGCCUCGGCACUGGACUACCAGGACAUGGUUCAGUUCCUGCUGGACCGGAAAGGUCUGUGUGGACGAAUCCCAGAGGGACAGACUCCUCUUCACUACGCUGCCAAGAACGACGCUGUGGGUUCGAUCAGACUGCUGCUGCAGGGCGGAGCCUCCAUCAGCUGCACCGACUACAAGCAGAGAACGCCUCUGCAGCUCGCCGCCAACCUGGAGCGCAGUGAGGCGGCUCGGGUUCUGUUGGAGCUUGGUGCAGAGGCAGGGAUGAAGGACGCUGAUGGACAGCUCUGUAUAACUGCUCUGAUUGGUCGGAUGAGUCCAGUGGCUCAGCUGGCGCUCGGUCAGUUCCACGUGACCGACAAAAUGACCAGGCAGCAGUACUACUACCUGAACCUGCUGGAACCAGAACCACACUCACCUGAGAAGCACCUGCAAGAGGUCGUGGUUGGAGAGCCUACGUCUCCUCUGCAGGUGGUGGUUCAGGAGGGAAAACUGGACCUGAUCCUGAGUCCAGUCUUCCUCAAACUGAUACAGGUCAAAUGGAAACUGUAUGGCAGGUUGGGGGCUUGGCUUCUCCUCAUUCUCAACUUCCUGUUCAACGUUGCCUGGACAACCGUAGCCAUUUCUGUGUCCAUCCACCAUGACUCACCUGAUCGCUACGUCCUCCCCCAGGACUGGUGGCGUGUCCUCCUCGUGGUCCUGGCGCUCCUGUUGACCCUGGAGGAGGUUCUGAGGGAGGUGCUGGACAUCGUGCGAUCGAGGAAGAAGCUCCGCCUCUGGCAGCAGUGGCAGGAGCAUCGUCUCCAUGACGACCUGCGCUGCUCACAUCCCAUGUGGCCCCAGGACCAGCAGCUGGAUCAGCAGCUGGAUCAGCAGCUGGACCAGCAGCUGGACCAGCAGCUGGACCAGCAGCUGGACCAGCAGCUGGAUCAGCAGCUGAGGCCGAACGUUUUUGAUUGGCUGGUGUACUCUCUGCUAACGGCGUCCUUCAGUGUCCACCUGGCCGACGUGAUUGGUCCGUCUGUCUAUCUCCACACCACCAGUCUGCGUCUGUUCUCCAUCACCAUCAUCUUCCUCUGGCUGCGACUCAUGAAACACGUCAGAGCCUUCAGGUUAAUGGGUCCAUUCAUCGUCAUGCUGGGGAGCAUCGUCGGGGAUGUGUUACGUUUCCUCUUCUUGUACGCAGAGAUCUUUGUUCCCUAUGCCUGCAGCUUCUGGAUCAUAUUUGGAGGUGUGUUUCCCAGCAUGCAGUCUGUCUCCGGCCUGCUCUACAGUCUGUACCGCAUCACUCUGGUGGACGAGUACGAGUACACUGCCAUGGUGACGGUGGACGGCGUCAUGGCUCCUCUGCUGUGUGGGACGUUCCUGGCUGCGUCCUCUGUACUGUGUGUCAACCUGCUGAUCGCCCUGCUCACCGACACCUUCCAGAGGGUCCAUGAUAACUCGCAGGCUAAUGCUGUGAUGCAGCAGGCUGCUGUCAUCCUGCAGGUGGAGGAAUCCAUGCCCCUCCUCCGCCGUUUCUAUGACAACCAGUACAUCUCCAACCAGUGCGCGCCAUUGGCUGACGCCUACAACGAUGACAUCGCCACAAACCCUGGUUACCAUGAUGAGAUGGGACGCAUCGCCGCACAGAUUAAAGAGACUCUGGACCAGUUCCUGGUUCUGAAGAGAGACGUGGAGACAGCUGCAGGUCCAGGAGUCCAGAUGGACCAGGACCUCCAGAACCACAACCAGGAGAGUAAGGACCAGCAGAACCAGGAGCUUCAGGAACAGAACAUGCAGAACCAGGAGCUACAGAACCAGAACCAAGAGAAUAAAGACCAGCAGAACCUGGAGCUUCAGGCCAUUCGAGCAGAGUUGAUGGAGCUCCGGACUCUGGUCCAGCAGUUGGUUCAGAACAGGACUGACUCGGGUUGACGGAUCCAAAACCUGACUGAACAUACCAGACCAGAUCAGAUCAGACCAGAAUUCACCAGACCAGUAUCCUGUUCAUCAAACAUGGACUGAUUUUUUGAUCCUGGAUGAAGUUAUGAAUAAUAGUGCGCACUUAUUUUGAAAUAAAGGCAAAAUGAGUGUUGUUGAAAUCAUGAUCAGCUUGUUGGUGUGUUGGGAGCAUUCCCAGCAUGCAAUGGGGCAACAGAUUCAUGAACAACAGUGUGAUGUUACGUUUCUGCAGAGUUAUUUAUUAUUUAGCUGUGUUUCUUUUGAUUUGGUUGUUUUCAAAUUUAGAUUUUUCACUUUUUAUGAUUUUAUUCCUUUUGAUGAGGUUUUAACAUUAACACUUAUAUAAAAACUAUAUAGAAUAUUUGUGAUGUUUUAUUUGUGUGAAUAAAAUAAAAUCAAACUCUGUUGACUGUAAAUAAAAUGAAAUAAAAUGAAAUUUCAUGUCUGAGUUCAUGAAAUAAGUCCCUCUCAGACUGAAUAAACUAUUGAAUGAAUAGAUAAAUAAUAAAAUAUUCUGUAACAAUUCAUUAAUUAUUUUAUUUUAUUUUGUUUUUUUUAUUUCCUUUUUUCUGGUUGUGGUUGACGUCCACGUUUAGUGAGUAUUUUUUUAUUUCUAUUCUCCCUUGUAUUGGCGGCAAAGUUUUGUGCUGGAAGUUGCUUAAAAGUUAAAAUUUAAAAAACAAAUAAAUAAA